AUGCCUUCCGACGAGAAGACCCCAUUCUAUGAUCCGGUCCCUCCAACCUACGAUGAGGCUUUGGCCAGUGGAAGCCGUCGCGGCUAUGUCUGGGACCCUGCCAGAUCAUCGAUAGACAAUCGCGAUGCCGACGAAGUUGAACAACAAUCACUCCUGCGACAGCCGGAGACUGCCGCCGGACCAUCGAGGCAACCACCCCGUGGAUACCGGCCGCCCACGGUAGAAACCGACGAUGAAUUCAGUCUUUUGGGUAGUGAUAGCGAGCUUGAUAGCGAUGAGGAGGCCGCUCAAAUACGCCGGGAAAUGCAAGAGAUGGAAGUUGAAGAACCAUCCACAUCAAUAGGCUCGGUAUGGAGCAAGAGAAUAGGUUUCUCCUUAUCACUACCCAAAUGGAAAUGGUCCUGGAGACCGAGAUUACCGAGAUUCCGCAUCCAACUUCCUUCACGCGCCACUGAACCGACCCGUAAUGAGAACGAGGCCGAAACUGAAACUAGCACCGACACUCCACGGCAGUGGCCCAGGAUGAACUCCAUGGCAUUGAUUAUAGUCUUUGCCCGGCUUAUCGCACUUUUAAUUGUCCUUGGCUUCAUCUACUUCUUAUUUGCCACUGGGUUCUUCAGCGGCUUCUCAACUCGUCUCCCAGGAGGUCUGCGCUUCGAUCCGGAAGAUCUCAAAGCCUUUCUACAGUCUAAUGUCGACCCCAUGCGUAUGCGGGCUUCGGUUCUGCACUACUCGCACUAUGCACAUAUUGCUGGCACCGAAGGAGACUAUGCAAUGGCCAUGGAUGUUGAAAGCAUGUUCCAUCGGGCCGGGCUCGAGUCGGUACAACUUGACAAAUAUUACGUUUAUGUCAAUUAUCCACGAAAAGACGGUCGCGCCGUGCAAAUCAUGGAUACGGAUGGCAAGACGGCUAAAUGGACUGCAAAGCUGGAUGAGGAAGAACGCGGCGGAGAAGCAGCUGGGCGACAGACAUACGCCUUUCACGCCCAUUCCAAGUCUGGCGAUGUCAAGGGUCCUCUUAUAUAUGCUAAUUAUGGCUCUCCAGGCGACUUUCAAAAGCUCAAAGACGAAGGAAUUGAUACAAAAGGAGCUAUUGCCCUCGUACGACAAAUGGGUACCCAAAAGGACGUGGCCCUUAAAGUCAAGGCAGCAGAGCUUGCUGGAUUCGCUGGCUGCUUAAUCUAUAGCGAUCCCGCCGAAAACGGGUUUGUCAAGGGUGACGUUGCGCCCAAGGGACGAUGGAUGCCUGAGGAUGGUGUGCAACGGGGUUCUGUGAGCCUCAAGAACAUGGGAGUCGGUGAUGUUCUAACGCCUGGCUGGGAAAGCAAAAAAGAAAAACAGAGAAUGGCUGUCGAGGAUGCGCCGGGUCUAGUGAAGAUACCCAGCUUGCCACUUGCUUGGAGAGACGCCAAGGUUCUGCUGCAACAAUUAAAGGGCCACGGACAACAGGUUCCCGAUGGGUGGAAAGGCAGUGUCCCAGAAGUGGAUGAGUGGUGGACAGGCGACCAUUCUUCACCUGUCGUUCGUCUACAAAAUGAGCAGGAUGAGAUCGAAAAACAGCCCGUAUGGAACGUCUAUGGCAAAAUUUUAGGCAUGGAACAAACGUCAAACUCCAUCAUUCUCGGCAAUCAUCGUGACUCCAUGGCAUUUGGCGCUUCCCAACCUCACUCUGGAACUGCGGUUAUGAUUGAGCUGGCUCGCAUCUUUGGUAACCUGCUAAGCCGGGGCUGGCGUCCCCUACGUACUAUUGAAUUCAUGUCCUGGGAUGCAGCAGAAUACAAUAUGGUCGGGUCCACCGAAUACGUUGAAAUGAACCUGGAUACAUUGCGGCAGAAUGCCUACGCCUAUAUCAAUCUAGACGCUGCGAUCACAGGCACCCAAUUCACAGCGGCAGGAUCCCCGCCACUGGAUAGAGCCCUCAUUCGAGCUCUGGAACGUGUCGUAGACCCUUUCAAGAAUGAGACUCUCAAAUACCAGUGGGAUAGCCGCAAAGCAACUCUGCAGGGCCUCGGUGGGGGAGGCGACUAUGUCCCAUUCCAGGAUAUAGCCGGUACAAGCUCGAUUGACCUUAAGUUCGAGGGAGAGCCAGUGCCCUUCGGCUCCAGCUAUGAAAGCUUCAAUUUGGUUGAGCAGGUAAUAGAUCCGAACUUUAUCUACCAUGGACUCAUGGGCCAGGUUGUUGGCCUACUGCUCCUCGACCUGGCUGACAGGGCCAUCAUGCCGUUCGACAUGGUUGGUUAUGCCCGAAGCCUCAAUCACUGGGUUCAUGACCUGGAAUAUUGGGUGAACAAGCAAAAAACUGCCAAGGACGGCGCUUCAAAGAUACCUUUCCAGGAACUCAAGGAUGCCGUCGAGUUGGUCAAGAGUAACGCUGAGGAGUUUGAGAAGUGGGAAUUAGAAUGGGAUCGCUCGAUUCUCAGCAGCGGCGGGUACGAAGCAAAUGGUCUUGGGACCCAGCGGAUCAAUUAUAAUGACCGGAUGGCUGCUUUUGAAGCUUCGCUCCUGGAUUUAGAGCUCGGCGGUGGUAUUCCAAACCGUACUCAAUUCAAGCACGUCGUGUUCGGCCCUCAGUUAUGGUCAACUUAUGACGCAUCAUUUUUCCCUGCUAUUCGCGAUACAGUAGAGGCAGGCGACUGGGAACUAGCAAGACUACUGACAGCAAAAACAGCGGCUUUAUUACGAAAGGCUGCAACCAUUUUACAGAUGUGA